AUGGAGGGCGAGCGUUCCAACACAAAGAGAGCAGCAGUUUUUAAAGAUCGUCGUGAUUUUCUUGAUGUCGUGCUUUCUUGGUCCCUUGAACAAAUUUACGAUGAAAACCUUUACAAGAACCAGGUAGAAAAUAUUCCAGAGGAGUUUGAAUCUGUUGAGCAGUAUUUUGGGUCAUAUGUUUACCCUUUACUGGAAGAAACUCGUGCACAGCUGCAUUCAAGCAUGGAGAUUAUAUCAAACGCUCCCUUCGCUGAAGUAAUAGCAUUUGAUGAAUCCAAGCCAUAUGGAAAGAAUUUGUAUAAUGUAAAGAUUGAUUCCUGGAGAAACAGAGUCAGUGCUCCUGGGAAGGAGCCCUACAAAACUCUCCCUGGAGAUAUAUUUGUUUUAGCAGAUGCUAAAGCGGAGGAUGUUUCUGAUUUGCAAAGAACAGGACGGCAAUGGGCUUUUGUAACGGUAACUAAAAUCCCAGAGGAUGAAGAAGAAGACGAUGAUAAUAAUAGCACAUCUACUAGUUUUCAAGUCAAGGCGUCGAAAGACAUUGGGAACCAGAGAUCAUUGUUUCUGAUUUUCUUGAUAAAUAGAAGCACUAACAAGAGAAUAUGGAAUGCCUUGCACAUGUUUGGGAAUCUGGAGAUUAUCAAAAACGUUUUGAACGCUAAUUCUUUGUGUUCUGGUCUAGAGGCUUUUCUCUGUUCUCAGAUUAUUGGCUGGGUUGGUCAUGUUGAGGGCUUGCCUGUUUGCUUGAGGUUGGCUGGUAGUCUCUGGAAGAUUCUUGUUUUUGUAGUUUAUGUUGUUGCUGCUGUGGCUUCUAUUGAGGAAGAUGGUGAUCUCUGUUGUGCUCAGAGAAGUGGGAGCUGGGAUGAGAAAUUUGGGACCAGUGUUUCUUCUGAACUGAAUGAAUCGCAAACCAAGGCAGUUCUGGCAUGUCUCCAUAAGAUACAUUGCAACCACAAGUCAGCUGUAGAACUUAUAUGGGGUCCUCCGGGUACAGGGAAGACAAAAACCAUCAGUACACUACUCUUUACCCUUUUAAGAAUGGGAUGUAAGACUCUUACCUGUGCCCCAACGAAUGCUGCAAUCACAGCAGUGGCCUCUCGCACCCUAAAGCUGGUGAAAGAAUCCUUUGAAACAGACAUUGGGAUUGAUGCUUUGUUUUUCCCACUGGGAGAUAUUCUCUUAUUUGGGAAUAAGGAGCGGCUCCAACUUGAUUCAGACAUUGAAGAGAUACAUUUGGAUUAUCGGGUCAAAAAGCUUACAGAUUGCUUAAGACCUCUGACUGGUUGGAGGCAUUGUUUUGCUUCAAUGAUUGAUCUUCUUGAAGAUUGUGUUUCCCAAUAUAACAUCUUCUUGGAAAAUGAAUCUCUCAAAGAGAUAGAACACAACAAUGAAAAUAAAAUCAACUCAUUUCUUGAUUUUCUGAGGAAAAGAUUUGUUUCUACUUCAUCAGCAAUCAAAAAUUGUAUUCUCGUAUGUGGCACCCAUUUUCCAAAAAAAUACGUUCUGGAACAAAAUUUCCAAAACAUGGUCUCUCUUAUUGGCCUGCUUGAGUCUUUUGAAACCUUGCUGUUUCAAGAUAAUGUGGAAUCUGAAGUAGUGGAGGAGCUUUUUUCAUGUUCGGAAAUAGCUGCAGAUAUAUCUGAGUCAUUUAUGGAUAUGCCAUUCUUGUUGUAUGAAAGGAGAAGAGAAUGCCUUUCUAUCUUAAGGGCUCUUAAGAGUUCGUUUAAUGUACUCGACCUUCUAAGCAUUAUGAGCAAACAGUCAAUAGAGGAAUAUUGUCUUCAAAACGCUUCCUUACUUUUUUCAACUGCUUCAAGUUCUUAUAAGCUGCACUCAGUGGCAAUGAAACCAUUGAGCAUUCUGGUUAUUGAUGAAGCUGCACAAUUAAAGGAGUGCGAGUCAACUAUACCAUUGCAACUUCCAGGUUUAAGGCAUGCUAUCCUUUCUGGCGAUGAGUGCCAAUUACCAGCAAUGGUUGGAAGCAAUAUUUCUGGUGAAGCUGGCUUUGGGAGAAGUUUAUUUGAGAGAUUGAGCUCAUUGGGUCACUCAAAGCAUCUUCUCAAUAUACAGUACCGAAUGCAUCCAUCCAUAAGUUUCUUCCCAAAUUCAAAUUUUUAUCACAAACAGAUCUUAGAUUCUCCAAAUGUUAAAAGAAAAAGCCACGAGAAGCACUAUCUUUCCUGGCCAAUGUUUGGUCCCUAUUCUUUUAUAAAUAUAGCAGGUGGAAGAGAAGAGAAGGAUGAUGUUGGGUGUAGUUGGAGGAACAUGGUUGAGGUUGCUGUUGUUAUGAAAAUAUUGCUAAAAUUAUACAAAGCUUGGGUUGGUUCGGGACAGAAACUCAGUGUUGGCGUCAUAUCUCCUUACGCUGCCCAAGUAGUUGCAAUUCAAGAGAAACUUGGAUGGAUGUAUGAUAACCUUGACGGGUUUGCAGUGAAGGUUAAAUCAGUUGAUGGGUUCCAGGGUGGGGAAGAGGACAUGAUAAUAAUAUCAACUGUAAGAUCUAAUAAUUGUGCAUCAAUUGGGUUCAUAUCAAAUCCUCAGAGAACUAAUGCUGCUCUUACAAGGGCUAGGCACUGUCUGUGGAUUUUGGGAAAUGAAAAAACGCUUUGUAAUAGUAAAUCUGUUUGGGAAGCCUUAGUCCUUGAUGCUAAGAAUCGUCAAUGUUUCUUUAAUGCUGAUGAAGAUAAGGAUUUGAACAAAGCAAUAUUGGAUGUGAAGAAAGAGUUUGAACAAUUUGACGAUUUGCUCAAGUGCGAUAGCAUACUUUUCAGAAAUGCUAGGUGGAAGGUUCUUUUCAGUGAUAACUUUUUGAAAUCAUUUCAGAAACUUAAGUAUGUACAGGCAAAGAAAUCAGUGAUAAACCUUCUAAUAAAACUAUCCAGCGGCUGGAGACCCAAGAAGAAGCGUGUAGAUCCCAUUUGUGGAGACUCUUCACAGAUUUUAAAGCAAUUUAAAGUUGAAGGUCUUUAUGUUGUUUGUGCAAAUGACAUAGUAAAAGAUUGGAGUGACGUGGUGAAGGAAUUUAGGUACCAUCAAGUCUUGAAGAUCUGGGAUGUAUUACCUGCAGAGGAUAUUCCAAAAUUAAUCAAACGACUUGAUAGUAUGUUUGGAAAAUAUACAGCCGACUUUAUUAAUCACUGCAAAGAGAGAUGUCUGGAGGGGAAUUUGGAAGUUUCGAAAAGUUGGUCUUGUUCUUUUGAUUUUGUCAGGAUUAAGAAUCUUGAUAGCAGUGAAAAUGCGAUCGAUUUAAGUGGUUCUGCUUCUGAUGGUAGAAGUUACGUUGAGAAUGUAAAGGUGAGUGAGAGUCUAAUACUGAUGAAAUUCUACGCCUUAUCACCAGGUGUAGUGGGCCACUUGCUCUCUAAUCAUGAUGGUAGCGAAUUGGAUCUUCCAUUUGAAGUAACUGACCGAGAGUUGGAGAUAAUCCUUUUUCCUAAAAGUACCUUUAUACUUGGACGGUCGGGUACUGGGAAAACAACCGUUAUAACUAUGAAGUUAUUUCAGAAAGAAAAACUGCACCACAUAUUCUAUGGUGGCAAGAGCGAUAGACCUGUGAAUAGCCAGGAAAUGGAGGCUGAGGAGACUAUUUCAGAAAAAGAGAGUACCAUAUUGCGCCAGCUUUUCGUAACAGUUAGUCAUAAACUGUGUUAUGCAGUCAAACAACAUGUUUCUCACUUGAAAAGCUCUGCCUGUGGUGGUAAUUUUUCAAAAGGAAGCAGUUCAAUUGAUAUUGAUGAUUUUGAUGAUGCAACUCAAUUCAAGAAUGUCCCAGAUGCUUUUGUUGAUGUUCCACCAGUGGCAUACCCUCUUGUCAUUACAUUUCAUGAUUUUCUGAUAAUGCUUGAUGGAACUGUGGGUAAUUCAUACUUUGAAAAAUUCCAUGAAGUAAGGAAACAUUCUCUUGGUAAGGUUCGUGGUGGAUCAGUUGCCUUACAGACAUUUAUAAGGAAGAAAGAAGUUAAUUAUGAGAGGUUUAGUUCAUCAUACUGGCCCCAUAUCAAUAGCCAAUUGCCUAAGUAUCUUGACUCUUCAAGAGUUUUUACAGAGAUUAUUUCUCAUAUAAAAGGUGGCCCACAAGCUCUAGAGGCAGGUGAUGGUAAACUCAGCAGUGAUGACUAUGUUUUACUAUCAAAGAGGCGAGUAUCCAAUUUAAAUAGACAUGAGAGAGAGAUAAUAUAUAGUCUCUUUCAAAAUUAUGAAAAAAUGAAGGUUAAAAAUGGUGACUUUGAUAUGGCUGAUCUUGUAAUUGAUCUCCAUCGUCGAUUGAGAGUUGAAAGCUAUAAGGGUGAUGAAAUUCAUUUUGUAUAUGUGGAUGAGGUGCAGGAUCUAACAUUGAGCCAAAUUGCACUAUUCAAAUAUAUAUGCAAAAAUGUAGAAGAAGGUUUUGUUUUCUCUGGUGACACAGCACAGACAAUUGCGAGGGGAAUCGAUUUUAGAUUUCAGGAUAUAAGAUCUCUGUUCUACAAGAAGUUUCUACUGGAAUCUAAAAGUUAUGGACAUAAUAAAAGAAAAGAGAAAGGGAUAGUCUCUGAUAUUUUUCAUAUGAGCCAGAAUUUUCGUACUCAUGAUGGGGUUCUUAAACUAUCACAGAGUGUUAUUGAACUUCUUUAUCGUUUCUUUCCUCAAUCUAUUGAUGUUUUGCUGCCUGAGACUAGUCUUAUAUAUGGUGAAGCUCCAAUCUUGCUUGGAUCAGGGAACAAUCAAAACACAAUCAAUACUAUUUUUGGAAAUAGUGGAAAAGCUGGAAGGAGUAUUGUUGGCUUUGGUGCAAAGCAGGUAAUAUUGGUACGAGAUGAUCAUGUUCAGAAGGAAAUUACCAAUUAUGUUGGGAAGCAAGCUCUUGUUCUAACUAUUGCGGAGUGCAAGGGCCUUGAGUUUCAGGAUGUAUUGUUGUACAACUUUUUUGGCUCAUCACCUCUGAAAAAUCAGUGGAGGGUGAUAUAUAAAUAUAUGGAGGAACAAGAUUUACUCGGCUCAACUUCUCUCUCUUUCCCAAGUUUCAAUGAGGCUAGACACAAUGUCAUGUGCUCAGAACUGAAGCAACUUUAUGUGGCUGUCACUCGUACGAGGCAGAGGUUGUGGAUCUGUGAGAAUGUAGAGGAGUUCUGCAGACCUAUGUUUGACUAUUGGAUGAAAAAGUGUCUUGUCCAAGUCAGACAGCUGGAUGACUCACUUGCUCAGGAAAUGCAAGUUGCCAGCAGCCCAGAGGAGUGGAGGUUGCGAGGCAUCACGUUGUAUCGUGAGUAUAACUAUGAAAUGGCAACAAUGUGCUUUCAGAGAGCUGAAGACACUUAUUGGGAAAGAAGGUCUAAGGCUUCUGGUCUCAGAGCUACCGCCGACCGCAUCCGCCAUUCAGAUCCUAAAGCAGCCAACACGAUCCUUUGGGAAGCUGCUGAAAUAUUUGAAGUCAUAGGCAAGGCUGAUUCUGCUGCCCAAUGUUUCUCUGAUUUGGGGGAGUAUGAAAGAGCAGGGAGGCUUUAUUUGGAAAAAUGUGGCGAGCGUGAGCUGAAAAGAGCGGGAGAAUGCUUUUCUCUAGGCGGAUGCUAUGAACUUGCAGCUGAUGUGUAUGCUAGGGGCUAUUUUUUCUCAAACUGUUUGGAAGUUUGCACCAAAGGAAAAUUAUUUGACUUGGGUUUUGAGUACAUUCAGAAUUGGAGACAACAUGGAACUACAGUUAGAAUGGGAAAACAAAUAGACAAAAUUGAACAAGAGUUUCUACAGACUUGUGCUCUUCAUUAUUAUAAGCUUAAGGAUAGCAGAUCCAUGAUGAAAUUUGUUACAGCUUUUCAAUCCAUAGAUUUGAUGCGCAAGUUCUUAAAGUCUAAUGUUUGGCUUGAUGAGCUUCCCAACGCGAUCCUUUGGGAAGCUGCUGAAGCAUUUGAACUCAUAGGCAAGGCUGAUUUCGCUGCCCAAUGUUUCUAUGAUUUGGGGGAGUAUGAAAGAGCAGGGAGGCUUUAUUUGAAAAAAUGUGGUGAGCCGGAGCUGAAAAGAGCGGGAGAAUGCUUUUCUCUAGCUGGAUGCUAUGAACUUGCAGCUGAUGUGUAUGCUAGGGGCUAUUUUUUCUCAGACUGUUUGGAAGUUUGCACCAAAGGAAAAUUAUUUGACUUGGGUUUUCAGUACAUUCAGAAUUGGAGACAACAUGGAACUACAGAUUUUGGUGUGGUUAGAAUGGGAAAAGAAAUAGAAAAAAUUGAACAAGAGUUUCUACAGACUUGUGCUCUUCAUUAUUAUAAGCUUAAGGAUAGCAGAUCCAUGAUCAAAUUUGUUACAGCUUUUCAAUCGAUAGAUUUGACGCGCAUGUUCUUGAAGUCUCAUGGUUGUCUUGAUGAGCUUCCCAACGCAAUCCUUUGGGAAGCUGCUGAAACAUUUGAAGUCAUAGGCAAGGCUAAUUCCGCUGCCCAAUGUUUCUAUGAUUUGGGGGAGUAUGAAAGAGCAGGGAGGCUUUAUUUGGAAAAAUGUGGUGAGUCUGAGCUGAAAAGAGCGGGAGAAUGCUUUUCUCUAGCCGGACGCUAUGAACUUGCUGCUGAUGUGUAUUCUAGGGGCUAUUUUUUCUCAAACUGUUUGGAAGUUUGCACCAAAGGAAAAUUAUUUGACUUGGGUUUUCAGUACAUUCAGAAUUGGAAACAACAUGGAACUACAGAUUUAGGUGUGGUUAGAAUAGGAAAAGAAAAAGGAAAAAUUGAACAAGAGUUUCUAGAGACUUGUGCUCUUCAUUAUUAUAAGCUUAAGGAUACCAAAUCCAUGAUGAAAUUUGUUACAGCUUUUCAAUCCAUAGAUUUGAUGCGCAAGUUCUUGAAGUCUCAUGUUUGUCUUGAUGAGCUUCCCAACGCGAUCCUUUGGGAAGCUGCUGAAAUAUUUGAAGUCAUAGGCAUGGCUGAUUCUGCUGCCCAAUGUUUCUUUGAUUUGGGGGAGUAUGAAAGAGCAGGGAGGCUUUAUUUGGAAAAAUGUGGCGAGUCUGAGCUGAAAAGUGCGGGAGAAUGCUUUUCUCUAGCCGGACGCUAUGAACUUGCUGCUGAUGUGUAUUCUAGGGGCUGUUUUUUCUCAGACUGUUUGGAAGUUUGCAUCAAAGGAAAAUUAUUUGACUUGGGUUUUCAGUACAUUCAGAAUUGGAAACAGCAUGGAGCUACAGAUUUUGGUGUGGUUAGAAUAGGAAAAGAAAAAGGAAAAAUUGAACAAGAGUUUCUAGAGACUUGUGCUCUUCAUUAUUAUAAGCUUAAGGAUACCAAAUCCAUGAUGAAAUUUGUUACAGCUUUUCAAUCUAUAGAUUUGAUGCGCAAGUUCUUGAAGUCUCAUGUUUGUCUUGAUGAGCUUCCCAACGCGAUCCUUUGGGAAGCUGCUGAAAUAUUUGAAGUCAUAGGCAUGGCUGAUUCUGCUGCCCAAUGUUUCUUUGAUUUGGGGGAGUAUGAAAGAGCAGGGAGGCUUUAUUUGGAAAAAUGUGGCGAGUCUAAGCUGAAAAGAGCGGGAGAAUGCUUUUCUCUAGCCGGACGCUAUGAACUUGCUGCUGAUGUGUAUUCUAGGGGCUGUUUUUUCUCAGACUAUUUGGAAGUUUGCACCAAAGGAAAAUUAUUUGACUUGGGUUUUCAGUACAUUCAGAAUUGGAAACAACAUGGAACUACAGAUUUUGGUGUGGUUAGAAUAGGAAAAGAAAAAGGAAAAAUUGAACAAGAGUUUCUAGAGACUUGUGCUCUUCAUUAUUAUAAGCUUAAGGAUACCAAAUCCAUGAUGAAAUUUGUUACAGCUUUUCAAUCCAUAGAUUUGAUGCACAAGUUCUUGAAGUCUCAU